ACUUGGGACACUCCAUAUUUUGUUUGCAGAAACAUGCUUGAAAUCAUCAACAUGACAGAAGGAGAUGAAGCUGUAAAAUCACGAACCGUUUUCUCAUAAAUUCAAUCAUUUUUGCUGCACUUGACUCAUUUUAGGAUGAUCAUCUUUGUUUGAUUACAAUUCGGAAACCUCAAGAAUUUACACACAGACACCAAAUGGCACCAGUUUGGUUCUCACACAGUGUUCACUCAUCCUCAAACCGGUUCGUUCUUGCUGCAACCACUCUCCAUUCUCCAUCUCUUUCCCUCUCUCGUUGUAUUCAUCUCCUUCAUUCUCCCCAGCCAAAUCCACACCACCCAGUGGAACCUGCAAUCAACUUAGCGCCUAUUCCACACCACAAACGAAACCAACCAACACCCAUCUCGUCUUUCCCUCCAUCUCACAAAGAACAGGUGAUUUCUACCAUAAAAUCUGUUUCCCAGAAACCCCAUUUGCUUCAAAUCCAUGCUCACAUUGUUUGCACAACCCUCGUUCAUGACCCUGCAGUUUCUCUUCACUUCUUGUCCCGGGUAGCUCUCUCUGGCCCUUUGCAAGACCCCAUCUAUUCCCGCCGAUUCUUCGAGCAAAUCAACCGACCCAUUGUCUCCCAUUUCAACACCAUGAUCAGAGCUUAUUCCAUGAGUGAUUCACCUCAAAAGGGUCUCUAUUUGUAUCGGGAUAUGAGAAGAAGAGGCAUUGCUGCCAACCCUUUAUCGUCUUCCUUUGCUGUGAAGUCAUGUAUCAGGUUUCUGGAUAUUGUUGGUGGUGUCCAGGUUCAUUGCAAUGUCUUCAAAGAUGGGCACCAAUCAGAUUCCCUUUUGCUCACUGCUGUCAUGGACUUGUAUUCACAGUGCCGGAAAGGUGAUGAUGCUUGUAAGGUGUUUGAUGAGAUGCCUCAGAGGGAUACUGUUGCUUGGAAUGUGAUGAUCUCUUGCUGUGUUCGGAAUAAUCGGACUCGUGAUGCUUUGAGCUUGUUUGAUGUUAUGCAGAGUACGAGUAAUAAAUGUGAGCCUGAUGAUGUUACUUGUUUGCUGCUUCUUCAGGCUUGUGCUCAAUUGAAUAGCUUGGAAUUUGGUGAACGAAUUCACAAUUAUAUUAUGGAACGUGGUUAUGGAGGUGCUAUCAAUUUGUCGAAUUCACUCAUAGCUAUGUAUUCACGGUGUGGUUGUUUGGAUAAGGCGUAUGAGGUGUUUAUGGGAACGCCCAACAAAAGUGUGGUUUCUUGGAGUGCAAUGAUAUCUGGUUUAGCAGUGAAUGGAUAUGGGAAAGAAGCCAUUGAAGCGUUUGAAGAGAUGCAGAGAAUUGGAAUUCGGCCUGAUGAUCAGACAUUCACGGGUGUCCUUUCUGCUUGCAGUCAUUCUGGAUUGGUCGAUGAGGGGAUGUCAUUUUUCGACAGAAUGAUCGGAGAGUUUGGGAUAACUCCAAACAUUCAUCAUUAUGGGUGCAUGGUUGAUCUCUUAGGCCGUGCUGGCUUACUUGACAAGGCCUAUGAGGUAAUUACAACAAUGGCGGUAAAGCCAGAUCCCACAAUAUGGAGGACAUUGCUCGGGGCUUGCAGAAUUCAUGGUCAUGUUACACUUGGUGAACGAGUAAUUGAACGUCUGAUUGAAUUGAAAGCUCAAGAAGCCGGGGACUAUGUUUUGCUCCUAAAUAUUUAUUCUUCUGCUGGACACUGGGAAAAGGUAGCAGAAGUAAGAACAUUAAUGAAAGAAAAAGCAAUCCAAACCACACCUGGUUGUUGCACAAUUGAAUUGAAGGGAGUUGUCCAUGAGUUUGUUGUGGAUGAUGUUUCACACAAGAGAAAAGGUGAGAUUUACGAGACACUGGAUGAUAUUAAUAAGCAGCUAAAGAUUGCUGGUUAUGUCGUUGAACUUUCAUCUGAGUUACAUAAGGUGGAUGACAAAGAAAAGGGGUAUGUGCUCUCUUAUCACAGUGAAAAACUGGCUAUUGCUUUUGGGGUUCUUGCUACUCCACCCGGCACGACACUUAGAGUGGCUACUAAUGUCCGAGUAUGUGUUGAUUGCCACAAUUUUCUGAAACUUUUUUCUGGGGUUUACAACCGUGAUGUAAUUCUUAGGGACCAUAAACGGUUUCACCACUUCCGCGGAGGGCAAUGCUCCUGUAGCGACUACUGGUAGGGAUAUCUUGUGCUUGGGGUCAGAUGUGUCAUACCGAAUCGAGCAUCCAUGGAUUAGUGAGAUUAUUCUCAAAAGAACUUCAAAGGGAACCGCUGGGUUAUUGCAGGACAAAAUUUAUCCUUGACGAAUAGCUGCUUAAUUGAAAUGCAGCCAAAGAUAUAACGAUCACUAAGGAGGUUUGAAACUUGAAACUGCAUUUCAAGCAGGUGGGUGAAGGCUAGCUCACCAUUGCCUUUAUUCAAGGCUAUUAUUUCCAAGAUGACUGACUCAAGCUAGAAGAUAGAUCAAAUGAGGCCUGCAAGGUUCCUCUCGCAUACAAUAUUGGGCAUCUGUCUAACACCAAAGGAUGAGCACCAAACAUAAAAAGGGGUCUAUAAUAUCUAUAUACCUGCCAUUUCAGAAAUUUGGUGGUGGCAUUUUUUGAGAAAUUUUGUUUAUAGUGAAGGAUGUCCUUUUUUUUGGAUUAAUUCAAAAAUACUGAUUAAAUCUCAUUUGACCUAGACAAGAAAAGUUUGUCCUCUAGUACUCAAGGGGAUUUUAUUUGUCGAUAUUAUGUUUUGGAGAUCUCUGAAUCAACUUCUGUGAGCGAUGGUCAAUUUUUUGUGGUGUCCGUAUAUCAUUAUAUCAUGAAGUGAACUGGUUUAAAGCAUGGUUACAAUCUAAUUCAAAAUCAUGAGUUAUUUUUAUUACUGUAGCUUGCAGAUUCUUCUACCUGCAGUGCGGACCAUCUGCAUUGACCUAUUAAAGGGUCAAUUGAUCUGGCAUUUUAUGACUGAAAGUAUGUUGUAAGUUCAUUCCCACCAACAGUUGAUUAACAUGUGUAUGUGUGUGUAAGAGAGCAAGGCUAUAUUCUAAAAGAAUAGACAAACUGGUUUGAUGGCCAUAUUAUUCAAA